GUUUCAACAAAAUACAACGCUUCCCCUUUCACCUUACAUUCUUCCUUUCUCCUUCUUCCCUCAGCCGUUUCACGAACUUGAAAAGGCAGACACAUGGUUUCAAGUUCGUUUAAAACCUUCUCUCAGACACUGCCUCUGAUUUCCAGCAUCUCCUCGACACCCUUCCUCGCCCUUCCACCACCGUCUGAAACACCUUCAUCAUCGGCUUCAUCUGCGACCAGCCCACGUCUCUUUCCAUGGUAACCCCUGUUGCAGGUGCCUUGGCCACUGGGAUUUGGCCUUUGACGGGUGGUCAAGGAACUGGCUAGAUGGCGGUUAUGCAAACAAACUGAGACAAGGGAUUUUUUGGAGGGUUCGAAUCAAAGUAGGGAAGGUGGUCUGCUCCGUUUGGAUGGCUGAGGUUUGGCACCGGAAAUUGUUCCUUAAAUGGUGGCUGCUGGCUGGGUGCUAGGUUUUCCUGCAAAUUUUCAGAUUUGGUACACCUAUGCUGGGAUUAUGGGGUUCCAGUUUGUGCAUUGGUGUCGUUCUUCUACGUUGUUCUUGAAUGUGGUAUUGAAUUUCCUUUCCCUCUCUCUCUGUUGUCCCUGAAAGGCCCAAUUUUUUUUUCUCUGAUGUUGAUUCCCUUAGUUUGUAGGCUACUGUUAUCUGGCUGAUAGUGGAAUUAGGACUAUCUAGGCCCAAAUUUAUUAAUACAAGAUUGUCUCAGCUUUUAAAAGAACAUGAUGAAGAACUGUGGCGCCAUCUUGAGAUGACUUCUAAAGUAAGACAGUUUUUAAUAGAUAUUCUAUAUUGUUAAAGUUAUCCUUUUACUUUAUGUUUGGAAAUAUCGGUAAACUGAAUUAUUCAUUUGCUGAUUGCGAUAUCUGCUGUUAUGUAAUUGUUUAAGGACUGUGCACUACUAUGUGCUGUAUUACAUUUGCUAAAUAACUAAAUUAUAAAUAGAUAAUUAAGUGUGACUCUUUCCUGUUUCAUUUUUUUAGUGAUGUGAGUAUGACCUUCUCUAUGUUAGAAUUAUUAUUUUGGCCAUUUGUUUUCUUCUAUUUACAGUGUUUUAUGUUUCUCCACUACUACUAAUGAAGUGAUAGAGGCUUUAAUUAGUCAUUGUACUUUUUUAAGUGCAUGCUUGCUUGAUUAUUCAACCAUUAUUUGCUUCUGGCUAUUGAACAGUUUAUCAGAAAUGGCUAUUAGAUGAGGAUCUCAAAAUUAUAAUUAUACUAUGGAGGGAAAACUCUAUUCUGGAAAAUCAUUGUUGGUUCUUUGGACCCAAAGCCUAUUAAGCUCACGUGAUUCUUUAUCCAUUAUAAUCAAAUUCAGUUUCUGAAACCUCAUCAUUUUCUUAGUUUCAAAACUAGCUCAAAUAUGAUUGCAUUAGAACCGGUAUUGUACUUACAAUUUCUUGCCUCACUUUCACUUUCGCUAACAGCCCAAUAGGUUCAAGUUUCUAAUUAAACAGGCUUUGUGAUUGCUAACAGGUUUACAUGAUGUGUAGAUUAUAUGUCUAAUUUGUCUUUUAAUUUCAAUGACUUUUCCUUCGCUUAAGCGAAACAAGCUGCUGGCAGCAAUCCAGAAACAGGAAAAUGGUUGCUGGAAGGAAUGAUGAAGCUAUCGCUGAGGUAUUGGCAAUGUUGGCUGGCGCCAUUGGGCAAGGUCAGCAAGCGAACCUUGGGAACCAUAAUCAGGAUGAAUUACGUGCUUUGGGAAAGUUUCAGAGGAACAAUCCGCCAACCUUUGAAGGAGCAUACGACCCUAACAAAGCACAGGCGUGGCUGAAAGCAAUUGAGAAGAUCUUUCGAGUCAUGAAUUGUACUGACGCGCAGAAGGUGCAGUUUGACACCCAUAUGCUUGAGAAAGAAGCUGAAGAUUGGUGGGACAACACUGUUCAGAGGUUUGAAGGUGAUGGGAUGGAGAUUACUUGGGAUCUUUUCAAGGGUGCAUUUCUGGAGAAGUACUAUCCAGAAGAUGUGCGUGGAAAGAAGGAAAUUGAGUUUCUUGAACUGAAGCAGGGUAAUGGAACCGUGGCGGAGUAUGCUACAAAGUUUGAGGAAUUGAUUAAGUUUUGUCCCCACUACAAUACUGCCGAAGCUGAGAGAUCUAAGUGUAACAAGUUUGUGAAUGGUUUGAGACCUGAGAUCAAGAAGGCUGUGGGAUAUCAACAGAUUAUCCGAUUUUCUGACCUGGUUAACAGGAGUAGGAUAUAUGAUGAGGAUAGCAGGGAAAGUGCUGCUCACUACAAGUCUUUGAAAGAGAAGAAAGAAAAGGGGCAAUUCAGAGGGAAACCGUAUGGGAAUCCUGCUGAUAAGGGUAAACAAGAAGCUGGUCAUGACAAGAAGCCGAGUGGGGGAGGAGCUCCUAAUCCGGUUAGGUGCUACAAGUGUGGUGUUGAAGGACAUCAUUCUCCUGAAUGUCCCAAUUCAGAAGCAACAUGAUUUAAGUGUGGCAAGCUGGGCCACAAAUCCUUUGAGUGCCUAGAAGGUAAAACUGUGGCAUGCUACAGAUGUGGAGAGCAAGGUCACAUCAGUACUAAUUGUGACAAACCCAAGAAGGAUCCUGCCAGGGGGAAGGUGUUUGCUUUAUCUGGUGCUGAGACUACUGCUGAGGAUAGACUAAUUCGAAGUACGUGCUUUAUUAAUGGUACAUCUUUGAUUGCCAUUAUUAUUAUGGGUGUGAUGCAUUCUUUAUUUCAUUGGAGCUUGAGAGUCAGAUGAGGGAGUCCUACCCCGAAUUGUUCGUUUAAGGAAAUUUUCGAGGGCGAAAAUUCUUAAGUGGGGGAGAGUUGUAACACCCCGUUUUUAAUUAAAAUAAUGUUGGUAUUUUAUUUUAAUUAAGAUUAUAUUGUAUGGUGGUUUAAUAGGUGAUAUAAUAAUACUUUAAUGAAAUAAAAUAUUUUUUUUUGUGAUGCUGGGUGUGUUUUAUGAAAUGGAAGAAAGCUAGGGGGUGAAGGUUAGGAUUAAAAAUAGAGACAAAGACUAGGAGAGAUUUUAGGAUUUUUAGUUUAGCCCUUGAGGAAUUAGGUUUAGAUGGUUUAAUAAGGAUGGUGAAGCAGCUAAAGAAAAAAAAAAUAAGAAAGAAGAGGACGCGUGAAAGAAUGAGAAAAAAAGAAGAAGAAGGCUGUGCGUGAAGUUGCAGGAAGAGAGGGAGAGCGGAUCGGCUUCGGAGAAUUCGAUCGGGAACGGGGAGUUGCACUCAAUCCAAAGGUAAGGGUGAGAUUUUGAGUUUCUAAUGGAAUUAUGGUGAAUGAUAUUAGGGAUUUGGGAGAUGUAGAAUUGUUUCUGUUAAUGAUGUUCUGGAAAUCUGAUUUGAAAUCCAUUGAUUUUAGGAUUUUCUUUUGUGUGAUUGAACAGGGUGAGGGCAGAACCAUAGUAUGCUAGGAGUUUUGGGUUGAGGUUCCCUUUUGAUUUUCUUUAUGAUCACGCACAUAAGGACUGUUAGGUAGCAUGCUUGUUAGAUUUUGUGUCUUGUUUGAUGAGAAACAACUUUAAUCACUUAUUUUGGAACAUAAAACGGAUUGGUCAUUUUCCUGGUAUGAACCGUGACUUUUGAAGCCUUUUAGAGCCUGUUUAGAGUGCUCGAAUAAUGUUGCGUUGAACUGAGAAAGUGUAGGCCUUUGAAAGAGCUUUCUGGAAUGAUAUGGUACAUAAUUUUUGGUUGAGAGACGAGGUCUGUAAGUUCAGUUUAGUAAACCAUGUUUUUCUGCGCUCUGUAUCUGCUAUCUCCGCCAGUGAACUUCAACGUGAUUUUUCACCUUGUUAAUGUGCCCAGAAAAUUCUUUGAUGAACUAGAAAGUGGUUGAGUUUUCUGUUAGCUUUUCAAAUUGAGGUCAUUUGUAAUUUUUGAACAAGUAACGAAUCCUGUAGGUUAUCUCUACUGAAAUAUGUUUCUGCUGUGAGCGUAAUUCCUGAACUGAUAUAUGAUUUAUGCACGGAUUUGAUGAUGCUGUGCUGCUGUCCAAAAUUUCCUGGGCUGGACAGUACACUUCGAGACCUGUUUUCGCCCAGUUAGAGUGCUCAAAUGAAGAUGUGAUCAACUAAGAAAUUGUAGGACUUUAAGUUAGCUUUCUAGGCAUAUAAAAUACAUGAUUUUUGGUUCAGUAACGAAUUCAGGAGACCGCUUUUAGUGGCUGGUGUUCCGGCUGUUUUUCUAGAUUACGGAAAUUCUGAUUGUUUUGAAAAUAUAAUUAGAUUUAGCUUACAUGUUGUAGGAAAGUUAAGGUCUUUAUGUGCCAUGUAUGAGCUAUGAGGAUGAUGCAUGUGGCUGAACACCUUUAGCAUGAAAUCCAUAAUUUAUUUACCAUAUGUGAUAGCUUCUUCCAUGAUUGCAUGCUUAAGUGAGUUGUUUCAUUGAUUUGGUGCCAAAAUUGCCUAAGAUGUCAGGGUAAUUGUAUAGUUGAUAAAAAUGCAUGUGUAACAUCCUGACUUGACGACUGGCCUCACGGUAACAACACGAGUCUUUUCAGCGCGCUUUGUCCUCACUCGCGCGCUUCCCGGGAAAACUUCCCAGGAGGUCACCCAUCAUAAUAUUGCUCCAAGGCUAGCACACUUAACCAUGGAGUUCUUAUGAGUUCGGCUCCCGAAAAGAAGUUGCAACUUGUUGUUAUGAGUAGUACCAAUCAAAUCUUUUAUGCCCUCCUCAACUGUAUAGUCCAUCCCUAUACAAUCUCGGAAUACCUCUUGUUCGGGUGUGAAAUCGGUUCAUUCAUGUGCCCCUUCGCCUAGAAGCCUGUCAGGAGCCGCUCCUUGUCCGUGCCUCACUGCACCGGCGAUCACUCCCCGCCCUCGUCGGCCCCGGGCGUCACAGGCCCACCAGCUUCCGCUUGGUUCGUCCCCGAACCACACCGUACUGGGAGAGGUCGGAUCUGAUCGAGUUAUUGGUGAAGAAGAAAGUUCAGGAAAAGUCAAAGGAUUGCAUCAUGAUCGAGUUAGUGAAGGUCAUAUGGAACAAAGACACCGGUGAUGCGACAUGGGAGCUGAAGGAGAAGAUUCAAGAACAGUAUCCAGAACUUUUUACUAACGCUUAAGUUUCGAGGUCGAAACUUUCUUUUUGGAGGGUAGUAAUGUAAGGCCCAAGUUUUUAAACUUAUGCCAAGUAAAUAGAAUCCUAUUCACGAUUAGGGUUGAUGUAUCGUAAAGGGAAUCCGAAAGUUGAUAGUAUUCCAGUGGUGAAGGAAUUCAUGGAUGUUUUUCCUGGCGAUGUACCUGGAUUGCCGCCUGUACGCGACAUUGAGUUUGCUAUAGACAUCGUACCGGGAACAGGGCCGAUUUCGAUUGCACCGUAUCGUAUGGCACCUGCGGAGCUAGUGGAAUUGAAGUCCCAACUAGAAGAUCUUUUUGUCGAAGGGAUUUAUUCGACCAAGUGUUUCACCUUGGGGAGCUCUACAAGAGGCUUUGGGAACGAGGCUGAGACUAAGUUCUGCUUAUCAUCCGCAGACUGAUGGACAAACUGAGAGAACAAUCCAGUCGUUGGAGGAUUUGCUACGCGCUUGCGUGUUAGACAACAAGGGCAGUUGGGAUACCUUAUUACCAUUGAUUGAGUUCACAUACAACAACAGUUUCCAUACGAGCAUUGGGAUGGCACCGUAUGAGGCUUUGUAUGGCCGCAAGUGUAGAACACCUUUGUGUUGGUACCAAAACGGAGAAAAUCUGUUAGUAGGACCGGAACUUCUGCAACAGACGAUCGAAAAGAUCAGGCAGAUCAGAGAGAAGAUGAAGACUUCUCAGAGUAGACAGAAGAGUUAUGCCGAUCUAAGGCGCAGAACCCUGGAAUUCGAAGAAAGAGAGUUGGUUGGACUUAGGAGGUCUUAUUUUCAGGCCAUUGGGUCAGCUUAUUCUCAUUUUUGAGGGAUGGUGUUGCGGACACUUCACCUUUUUCAUUUGGUUUGUACAUAUUGCCUACGGGCGCUACACUUUUCUUUCCGUCACUGGAGGUUACUCGUGACGAGGUUGCUACUUACAACGGGGGCUGUUAUAUAUAUUGCAUAUUAGUUUUAUUGCUUUUCGCUUUUGGGUUUUAUCUAUUUCAGUCUUGUCUUAGUUAUUAUCAAAAAAAAAAAUAUUCACGUUUUUCCGCAUUAAGUUUAUUUUUGGUUACUAAAGUGACGCUACCGAAAUCGGGGUGUUACAGCAUGUGUGCUGAAUUGUGUUUUUUAAGCGAUGUUAGUGAUGUAGUGAUAUAGGCGCAAUGCCUCAUGUUGAAGUGAUGAUUAUGAGAUGUAUACGUCCUUUUGAGUCGCAUAGCAUCUGCAUACUCUGUGAUGGCCUGUAUUGGCGAUUUGUGAUGAAGGCUUAUGCCUUGUGCCUCCAAUAAUUGGCAAUUAGUGAUGAGGGCUGAAGCCCUGUUGGUACCACAUACAUAUGCAUAAUCAUUGUUGUGUUCGAAUUGUAUCCGAGUUGAUGAUGUUAUUUGUGACUGUUUUAGUAACUGAGCUAUAUGAAUAUAAAAAGAAGUGGUGUGGCAUUAAUCUAGCAUAUUUAUUGCCAUUCUUAUAUUUAUGAUACUCGAUAUCUCACCCCUUCUGUUUGAAUGCUACCCUUGUUGGUAACUUGCAGGUAAUCAGGAGGAGUAGUCUAUAGCCUUUAUUUCGAGUUGGAAUCCUUGCUCUGAUACGUAGCACUCGGGGGGGAAAUGGAUGCUUGUUUUCCUUCUGUUAUAAUUUGAAUUAAGUUGUUAUUUGAGAAGUUGUUUCUGUUUUAAGUUGUGGGCAAGAUACUAUGUUUUCUUUAAUUUUAAAGACAUUGGAUUCGCUGCAUAACUAUUUGUCAAAGUGAACUAGUUCAAAGACUAA